UAAAAAUAUUAAAUAGAUAAAAACAAUUAUUAAAUACUUCUUUUAAAAUUUUCAAAAAAUCAUUCUAAAAUGGAUUAUAAGAAAUUAGCAAUCAUUGGUGGUUCAUUAGUAGGUGCUGGAGCUCUCUUCUACUAUCUCUACAAUAGCAAAGUUUAAGUAAAGAAAGCAGCUGGUAAGACUCUUCCUAGAGAAAUUAUUAUUAGUACUUUGAAGUAACUUAAGAAAGAACUCUUCACUGUUUGCGUUCAAAUGUCUUUAAUGGCUAAUGAAAUGAAGAGAUACUCACAAGGAAGACUUGACUACGACAUUAAAGACUUUAUUUUCUCAUAUUCUUCUAUCAGCCAAGAAAUUUAGGCUUCCAUCAAGAAGGCUUAUGAUAAGAAUGGAGUCACUGAAGUUGAUUUCUAAUAUAACUGUGAAGUAACUUUUGCUACUGAUGAUGAAAUCUAAACCAUGAUGAAAUCAAUCAAGUCCAUGGUUGAUAAUGCAGCUGAAGGCAAGUAAAUGGAUAUCUAAGCUGAAAUUCCUGAAUUUUUAACUUAAGAAAAACUUUUGGAAAUUAUCGAAAAGAUUAUGAUUGAAACUACUAAAUCUAUGUAAUAAUUGUUCAAAAAGAUUAAAGACUAAUAUGGAGAAUUGAACUUAAAUGAUCCUAGAAUUUAAAGAUCAUUACAAACUUUAAAGACCGAUGAAAUUAAGGAUAGCAUUUUUAAUUAAUAUAAUUUGGAAGACUUUGAAGAUCCUGCUUCUAAGAUUAUCUAAUGUGCUACUUAAAAGUAUGCUAUGGAACAUCCCGAAUUUUAAGAAAAGAUGAUGUAACUUGAAUUAAAGCAACGUAAGUCUAUGGAAGUCAUUAUGUAAAACCCUGAAAAGGAAGGAGCCGUUGAAGAUAUAUUCAAUGAACCUGCCUAAUCUAUGGGAAUGGGUAUGGGUAUGGGAGGUGGUUUCCCUGGAUUCCAUUCAAGCAAAAGAAAGAACCAAUCUAAAGAAGAAAAGAAGGAAGAAGCUCCUGCCGUUAAAGAAACUGCUACAUAAGAAGAAAAUAAGCCUUAAGAAAAUGAAGAUAGUAAAGUUGAAGAAAAGCAAGAAAACUAACAAGCUGAAUAAGAAAAGGUCGAAGAAUAAGUUGUUGAAUAAGAAAAUAAGGAAGAAAAUAUCGUUGAAUAAUAAAAGGAUGAAGAACAUAAUAUUGAACAAGAAAAGAAGGAAGAACAACAUGUUUAAGAAGAAGUCAUUUAACAUUAGGAAGAAGUUAGACAAUAGGUCGAUAUUUAAGAAUCAGUUGAAGUUGUUAAUGAAAAGAGUAAUGAAGAAGAAUAAUAAUAACAAUAAUAAGCUCCUGAACAUUAAGAAUGA